CCUCGUUAGUUUCGUGCUUCAUUUAUAACAAACCAAUACCAUAACCCAAAAAAAAACUCAUGGCCAAGCUCAUUUUCUUCCUCGCCGUCCAAAUCCUCGUCCUCGCCGUCGUUUCUUCCACCGGAGACAUAUUUGCAAGAACCAUAGAUCGUAAACUCCUCGGCCUCCACAGCAAAGAGAAGCUAACCCAUUUCAAAGUCUAUUGGCACGACAUUUUGAGCGGUCCAAACCCAACCUCCAUCAUGAUCCAGCCACCGGUUACAAAAUCUACUACCUACUUCGGAGGAAUCACUAUGAUCGACAACGCGUUGACGGCGAAAGUCCCGACGAACUCCACGUUAGUUGGCCAGGCACAAGGGUUUUACGCCGGUGCGGCCCAAAAGGAGUUAGGGUUUCUAAUGGCUAUGAACUUUGUUUUCAAGACAGGGAAGUACAACGGGAGCACGAUCACGAUUCUUGGUCGGAACACUCCGUUUUCGGAGGUCAGAGAAAUGCCUAUCGUUGGAGGAAGUGGGCUUUUCAGGUUUGCUAGAGGCUAUGUCGAGGCUCGAACAAAGUGGUUUAAUCUCAAGAACGGUGAUGCUACUGUUGAGUAUAGCUGUUAUGUUCUGCACUACUGAUGCUCAUGAUGUUUUUGUCGUACUUAUAUAUUUAAUUGACGACGUAACAAUAAAACAAGAUUUUUAUCUUUUGUUUUUGUUAUUUGCAUUUGGCUCACGGUGUGUGCUGUGUAUUUGUUGUAGACUUGUAGUGAUUAUGUCGUUUGUUAAAUUAAUAAUGUUGAUGAUUGGCUUCUUACAACAAGAAGAUUUUGAUGAUA